AUGGAGAAUCAUAUGGAAGAAGUAGCACUACAACUAAGAGAUUGGUCGAAGAUGCCAACAGAGAUAUUGGAGCAGGUGUGCAAGCGUCUGACGAUUCCAGAUCAAGCUGCAUUUAUUGCUGUGUGCAAGACCUGGCUUUCUGCUAACACCUCCAAGAAAGCGUCUCACUGGAUCCCUGACGCACCCUGGAUCGUUAGUAACAACUACACCAGUGCUCAAUUUCAGGCCAUAAGCACCACAAACAAUCAGGCCUACAAUAUUUACAAACCCUUCAACCCUUUGCGAAACACCUAUAUUUUAGGGUCCUCAAAAGGGUGGUUGAUCCUCAAAUCUGAUCAAAAUCUCUUCAUCCUUAACCUCUUUUCGAAGCUUCGCCUUGAUCUCCCUCCUCUUAGAACGACGCCUUGUUCUGGUGGUGAUUGCUUUGGGAUACACAAGCCUAUUGUAUUCACAAUUGACACGUGUCCCAAUAUGAACCCCACUUCGGUUGCAGUGGUCACUUACAAGGGUGACCUAGGAUGGUGCAAGGUCGGAGACACUACUUGGAAAGGUUAUCACACAAAUGAUGAGUUCUACUCCAACGUGGCUUUUUACGAUAACAAGCUUUAUGCUGUGGAACGAGAUGGUUUGAAGGUGAACAUAUUCAAAUAUGAUCAGGGAGUUCUCAUUAAGAUUGGUAGUGUGGAAUCCACUAACCCAAAUGAACAUAUUCCUGAUCUAUCAAUACCCAUGUGCUUCAUUAACAUGAGUGUUUACUUGGUGGAGUGUGGAGGAAAGGUGUUUGUUGUGAAGAGAUUUUCUGAUAACACCAAACGUAACACGCCAACUAGAAACUUUACUAUUUUUGCGGUGGAAGAAAACUGCACCACACCUCAGUUGGUGAAGGUGGAGAGUUUGGAUGAUCAUAUUUUGUUUGUGGCUGGCCUCAACAUUGAAUGUCUGGAUGCUAAGUAUUGUCCAAAGUUUCAACGUGACAACGUGUACUUCAUUUGCUACUAUGAAAAAUCUCACCGUGCUGAAGUGAAAAUGUUUUCAGUUGCGGAUAGAACUAUUCAUAAGACUCUUCUCAAUAGUACCAACAUGCCCACUCCAUCUCCAAUUUGGAUGAUUCCAAGAUUUCCAUUUGAAUGUGUUUGUGAGGUGUGCACCUCUGCACCGUGGUUUAGGCCUAGGGAAUUGAAGAAAAGACUUAUGCUGCGCAAAACUAAUGUUGCGUGA